AUGAGGGCAUACCUGAUAUUGGCGCUCGCCACGGUGGCGCUUGCCCGGCCGGAGGCAGGCUACUCGUACCAACAGCCCAACCAGCCCAGCGGCAGCUACGGGACCCCGAGUGGCGGUGGAGGCGGAGGAGGUUUUGGCGGAGGUAGCGGUGGCUUCGGAGGCUCCGGCUUCGGAGGAGGUAGCAGCGGAGGUGGUUUCGGGGGCUCCAGCUUCGGAGGAGGUAGCAGCGGCGGUGGCUUCGGGGGCUCCGGCUUCGGAGGAGGUAGCAGCGGCGGUGGCUUCGGGGGCUCCGGCUUCGGGGGUGGAAGCAGCGGCGGCGGUGGUGGCUUCAGCAGCGGGGGCUUCAGCAGCGGCAGCGGGUUCGGCGGUGGCUCGGGACUCGGGGGUGGCAGCGGAGGUGGUGGUGGUGGCGGCUUCGGGGGUGGCUCGGGAGGCGGCACCCUCAUCCAGAAGCACAUCUACGUGCACGUGCCACCACCCGAGCCCCAGGAGGACCGGCCGAUACGCAACUUUGCCCCUGCCGCCCCGGCCCAGAAGCACUACAAGAUCAUCUUCAUCAAGGCACCGGCUCCACCGACCCCGACCGCCCCCGUGAUCCCGGCCCUGCCGGCCCAGGACGAGCAGAAGACCCUCAUCUACGUGCUGGUCAAGAAGCCCGAGGAGGCCCCCGAAUUUAGCCUGCCCACGGUCGCCCCCACCCAACCCAGCAAGCCCGAGGUCUACUUCAUCAAGUACAAGACCCAGAAGGAAGGCGGUGGCAUCGGCAGCAACGGACUCGGAGGUGGACUCGGAGGUGGUCUGGGAGGUGGCUUGGACGGUGGCGUUGACAGCGGCCUCGGCGGCGGUGGUGGUCUCGGCGGUGGUCACGGAGGAGGAGCCGGUGGUGUCUCCGGCGGUGGCCCGAGCUCGAACUACGGACCCCCGGGCGGCUCCGGCCCCUACUAG